CUUUCAUCGUGAUCGGAACUAACCGAGAAUAAGUUUGAUAAAUAGUGUGGCUGUUAGGGAUUUUUACACAUUAGCUUUUUAUUUCGUCAGCACCAAAAAAUAUUCAUACCCACACACAGUACUUGUUUUCAUUAUUCUCCUUCUGUAGACGUAAAGCUGUCUCUCUAUGAGGAAGUGUGUAAAAAGUCAACGACAGCUGAUGAUUUUCUUGAAGUGAUAAAAUACCGUGCGCCUUAUCAAAAAUUAUGUAUUUUAUGUAAAAAGUCAUUAGUGAAUUUGUAAAACAACGUUCGGAAUGGUCGCUGAAGCUCAUCAAAAUAACUGCAUCAUGGCAAAAGUAUCGGCUGCAGAUGAAAUUGUACCACGUUCCGGUUUUUCCGGUUCGAAAGCAUCAUCCGAAAGUAAUGGAGAGACGAAAGGAGUUCAAAUGGAGAAAAGAAUAUCGCUUGUUGACGGUGUUUCCAUCAUUGUUGGUGUUAUUGUCGGCUCAGGAAUUUUUGUCUCGCCAAAAGGCGUUCUUCUUUACUCGCAGUCAAUUGGAUUGUCAUUGAUUGUAUGGAUUUUAUCAGGAGUUUUGAGCAUGGUUGGAGCUCUUUGUUAUGCUGAAUUAGGAACAAUGAUUCCACUUAGUGGUGGUGAUUAUGCUUAUAUUAAGCACGCAUUUGGACCACUCCCAGCAUUUUUAUACCUUUGGGUAGCACUUCUAAUUCUUGUUCCAACAGGAAAUGCCAUAACUGCCUUAACAUUUGCACAAUAUUUAUUGAAACCAAAUUGGCCUGCUUGUGAUCCACCAUACGGAGCUAUAACACUUGUGGCAUGUUUAGUAACAUUCAUUCUUACAGCAAUCAAUUGCUACAAUGUAAAAUGGGUGACAAGCGUCACUGAUAUUUUUACAGGCACAAAAGUAUUUGCAUUACUUGUAAUUUUUGCUGCCGGUGCAUGGCAUUUGUUCCAUGGACAUACAGAUUUGUUAAAAACGCCAUUUGAAAAUUCAACGACGUCGCCGGGACGUAUUGCAUUAGCUUUUUACAGUGGUCUAUUCAGCUAUUCAGGGUGGAAUUAUUUAAAUUUUGUCACAGAGGAACUGAAGAAUCCAUAUAAAAAUUUACCAAGAGCAAUUUGCAUCAGUAUUCCAGCUGUAACAAUAAUAUACGUAAUCACAAAUGUGGCAUAUUUCGCAGUUCUUUCCGUUAAUGAAAUUCAAUCAUCAUUAGCUGUUGCUGUAACAUUUGGUGAUAAAAUGCUUCCAGCAUUUCUUACAUGGACAAUGCCAUUUUUUGUUGCAUGCUCAACAUUUGGAUCACUUAAUGGUGCAAUUUUUGCAAGUAGUCGAUUAUUCUUUGUCGGAGCUAGAAAUGGACACUUACCAGCCGCUAUUUCACUCAUAAAUGUUAAAUGCCUUACACCGAUUCCAUCAAUAAUGUUCAUGUGCCUCAUAACAAUAUUUCUUAUAUUUAUACCCGACGUUUAUGCUCUCAUUAAUUAUGUUAGCUUUGUGGAAGCUCUCUUCAUUCUGAUGUCAAUUUCAGGCCUUUUAUAUCUACGCGUUAAGCAACCAAAUGCAAAACGACCAAUUAAAGUCAAUUUAAUAUUCCCAAUUAUCUUCAUGCUCACGUGCAGUUUUCUUGUUAUUGCAUCAAUCUUCCAAAGUCCUGUGGAAGUUGGUGUUGGAGUUUUAGUAAUUUUAUCAGGUAUUCCCGUGUAUUAUGUAACAAUUCAUCGACCUAUGGGAUGGCUUACACGACUCUCGAUGCGAUUUAAUGUAUUCUGCUCUAAAUUAUUUUUCUGUAUACCAAAUCAGGAAAAGGAAGAUUAAUAGUCAAUUGUCCAAAAUAUCAAAGAUAUUUUUUUUUGUACUGUUCACAGUCACACAACAUAGAACUUUUUUUAUGUUGAGACAUCAAAUAGAGAAAAAAAAAGAUUAAAAUCUUAAGCUUACAAAGUAUGUAUACAAAUCUUCAUUAAAAACAUAAUUUUAUUUAAAUAUAUUGGGAACCUGUAGCUAGAUAUUUGAAAAAUUUUGCAUAACAAUUAUGCUUUUAAAAAUCAUUUUUGCUUUCGCUUUAAGCGUGUUUUUCUACUUCUAUAAUAAAGUUUACAAUAGAAUACUAAGAGUGAUAUGGAAAAUUUUAUAAGAAUGUUGCUGCAAGCAUAUAAGAAACUUUAAAGUUGAUAAUAAUGAAAAUAGUGAUUCAAUAAUCUCAUAAAGCUCAGAAUUGAAUGCUCUCAUGAAAUGAUUCUCAAGGAAAUGUCUAUCUUGGAAUUCAUGAAUUGAUAUUUUAAGUUUUCCAUAAAUAACGAUAGUGAAUGAGUUAAGUUUGCUGCUAGGUACUGAUUCACUUGGAAAAUAAUACAGCUGGUCCGACCCUGCAUCACAUUGAAUUUUGAAAGAGACCCCCUUGAAUAUAAUGCAUAAGCUUCACAGCUGAUGACAUUAAUGCUGCUCAAAUAAUUAUUUCAUAACCAGCACCAUCACUUGUCGCGAUGAUCACUAAUAAUGCUUUAAAUUCAAUUUUUAACAUUCAAAGCAACAUGAUCAUGCAUGACAAAAUCCAAAAAAACGUGAUCAGUAACUAGUUCAAGCUUUCAACUCAGUUAGAAAAUAGCAUCAUUUAAGUUCAUUGUAAAAAGACCACAGGAUACUUAUUAAUUAUGAAAAAAAGAAACAUUUAUUCUAUUUCAAGUCAAUUUUUAAAUCCUCAAACUUGGAUUGUGCCAAGAUGAAUUGAAAAUUAUGUUCCCUGCUACUGAUUCAAUUGUGUAAAAAUCGAAUUUAGUUAUUUUUUGGUAAGUCUUUAAAAUAAAAUUAUAUGUAAUCAAUUAGUAUAUUCCUACAUAUCUGUUUAUACUGUAACUCCUUUUACCUGUCAAUUCAGAAUUUUGUACAAUUUAUUUGUGUUUUUUAUUGUUAAUGAAAUAAAUAAUUAUAAUAUUAAAU